AUGGAGCGCUCCUUCAUCAAAUCGUUGUUUAAGCUUGAUAUAGAAUCAGACCAAGCAUAUUUAUAUUAUUUUGUAAAUUUAAACUACUUUUUUAUCUAUAGUACUGAACAGAACCCGCACGGCUGUUGUGAUGGAUACAAGUGGGACUCCGCUGUUGACAAUUGUGUCGAAUGCAGUCCAGGAUAUAGCGGUCCUGGGUGUUUCAUUACUUGUCCUUAUCCACUGUAUGGAGAAAAUUGCCAGAACAUAUGCAAUUGUUCUAGUACAGAGUACUGUGAUUUCAUGUUUGGAUGCCUUGAGAAACAAGAAGAAAUUUCUACCAUAUCAAUCGUAUUUGCCAGUAGUUUUGACAGAACUGUUUUUAGCACGCACCAUCUGGGAGGAUCAAGCUCUCUGACCAUUCCAAAAAUCAUCGAAGCAAAUAUUGGUGAAAAUCUUGAAAAUCGAUUACAAACAAUUUGGCAAUUUAUAUUGAUCAUACUAGCAGUACUUUCUCUGUUGGCUUUCACAUAUGUAGGAAAGUGUCUCUACCGACAAUGGACGUCCAGAUCUCUUCAAGUAAGCAACUCUAACACAACAGCACCAGAAUCAGCAUUGAAUAUGCGGAAUGAAAUUGAAUGCUUUUACGAACAAAUACAGAACAUAGAAUAUGAAGAACCCGAACGCUAUCUAACGGCUGCACAAGAUGAUAGCCAUAGAGAUGGUAUAAACAGCAGCCAAGAAAAAAUGGAUGACGUGUCUUUCAAAUCUAUCGGGCCUUCAAUAGCGCCGUCAAAUGAUGAACCACUGAUUAACGAAAAUGUUUUUUACGAAAAUCAAUCAAAAAAUGGAGUACGAGAAACAGAUGGUCUUUACCUCAGUCCGAUUGUAUGAUUGGAUUCACGUAAAUAAAUUUUACUCUUUUUGCAGGCUUGCAUAUUUUUGUAAAAAUGAAAUGACCACAAAAAGAGCCAAUUGACUUGUACGUUUUUUUUAUCUCAUAUAUAUACAGUAAAGAUAAAGGCCUAAGUCUACCUACCUACCAUUGUUGCCUAUUACGUGUCUUGUUGUCAACAGAUUAAAAAAAACAACAAUUAAAAAACCCAAAACCACGAGUAUUCAUUUUCAGACAUCGUAUACGCUAUAUCAGAACAAUAUCAAACCAUUUAAUAGAUCAUCAUUAUCAGAUACGGUAUCAGCUAUAUCAAAACAAUAUCAGACAAUUUUAAGGGACAUGGUGACGCACAAACCCAUUCUUCAGCAAAUAUCGCAUUUUUUACACGAUUUCCAUAUAGUUUAUAUAUCUUAUGAAAAGAUGAACUUUUGAAAUAUAACGGUAUUCAAAAGUAAAUAAAUCAAAUU